GACACACGCAGACACACGCACACUCGCGCGCGCACAUCCUCCCGCCAGCCUGCCCGCCUGCUCGCCGGCGCCCGGAGCCCGCUCUGGCCGGGUCUCGCCCUGUCACGUGGGCUGAAAUGCAGUGGUGUGAUCAUAGCUCUCUGCAACCUUGAAGUCUUGGGCUCAAGCGAUCCUCCUGCCUCAGCCUGCUGAGUAGCUGGGACUACAGCUUGCUUUUUGCUGAGAAAGCUUCCUGCCCUGGAAGAUGGCACCCUUCCCCAUCCAGACACCUUGGGAAUGAAUUAUGAGGGAGCCAGGAGUGAGAGAGAGAACCACGCUGCUGAUGACUCCGAGGGAGGGGCCCUGGACAUGUGCUGCAGUGAGAGGCUACCGGGUCUCCCCAAGCCGAUAGUGAUGGAGGCACUGGACGAGGCUGAAGGGCUCCAGGACUCACAGAGAGAGAUGCCGCCACCCCCUCCUCCCUCGCCGCCCUCAGAUCCAGCUCAGAAGCCACCACCUCGAGGCGCUGGGAGCCACUCCCUCACUCUCAGAAGCAGCCUGUGCCUGUUCGCUGCCUCACAGUUGCUGCUUGCCUGCGGGGUGCUCUGGUUCAGCGGCUAUGGCCACGUCUGGUCACAGAACACCACAAACCUCAUCUCCUCUUUGCUGACGCUCCUGAAACAGCUGGAACCCACGGCCUGGCUUGACUCUGGGACGUGGGGAGUCCCCAGUCUGCUGCUGGUCUUUCUGUCCGUGGGCCUGGUCCUCGUUACCACCCUGGUGUGGCACCUCCUGAGGACACCCCCAGAGUCACCCACCCCACUGCCCCCUGAGGACAGGCGCCAGUCAGUGAGCCGCCAGCCCUCCUUCACCUACUCAGAGUGGAUGGAGGAGAAAAUCGAGGAUGACUUCCUGGACCUCGACCCGGUGCCCGAGACUCCUGUGUUUGAUUGUGUGAUGGACAUCAAGCCUGAGGCUGACCCCACCUCGCUCACCGUCAAGUCCAUGGGUCUGCAGGAGAGGAGGGGUUCCAAUGUCUCCCUGACCCUGGACAUGUGCACUCCGGGCUGCAACGAGGAGGGCUUUGGCUAUCUCAUGUCCCCACGUGAGGAGUCCGCCCGCGAGUACCUGCUCAGCGCCUCCCGUGUCCUCCAAGCAGAAGAGCUUCACGAAAAGGCCCUGGACCCUUUCCUGCUGCAGGCGGAAUUCUUUGAAAUCCCCAUGAACUUUGUGGAUCCGAAAGAGUACAAUAUCCCUGGGCUGGUGCGGAAGAACCGGUACAAAACCAUACUUCCCAACCCUCACAGCAGAGUGUGUCUGACCUCACCAGACCCUGACGACCCUCUGAGUUCCUACAUCAAUGCCAACUACAUCCGGGGCUAUGGUGGGGAGGAGAAGGUGUACAUCGCCACUCAGGGACCCAUCGUCAGCACGGUCGCCGACUUCUGGCGCAUGGUGUGGCAGGAGCACACGCCCAUCAUUGUCAUGAUCACCAACAUCGAGGAGAUGAACGAGAAAUGUACCGAGUAUUGGCCGGAGGAGCAGGUGGUGUACGACGGUGUUGAGAUCACUGUGCAGAAAGUCAUUCACACGGAGGAUUACCGGCUGCGACUCAUCUCCCUCAAGAGUGGGACUGAGGAGCGAGGCCUGAAGCAUUACUGGUUCACAUCCUGGCCCGACCAGAAGACCCCAGACCGGGCCCCCCCACUCCUGCACCUGGUGCGGGAGGUGGAGGAGGCAGCCCAGCAGGAGGGGCCCCACUGUGCCCCCAUCAUCGUCCACUGCAGUGCAGGGAUUGGGAGGACCGGCUGCUUCAUUGCCACCAGCAUCUGCUGCCAGCAGCUGCAGCAGGAGGGUGUGGUGGACAUCCUGAAGACCACGUGCCAGCUCCGUCAGGACAGGGGCGGCAUGAUCCAGACAUGCGAGCAGUACCAGUUUGUGCACCACGUCAUGAGCCUCUACGAAAAGCAGCUGUCCCACCAGUCCCCAGAAUGACUGCGCUUCUCCUACAAGGUUCUCUGGGCACUGCCCAGCCUGAGUCUCAGCCCUCACCCAGGGCCCCGCCUCGGGUCCUGGGCCUGCUCCCCGCUUCCUCCCCUUCAGUCAGCUCCCUCUGUCCUCUGUCAGCCUGGCCUGACCCCUACCCUCCAGCAUUGCUCUUCCUACUGUACAUAUUGGGGAGUGGGGGGCAGGGUCGGGGAGGGGCAUGCCAGGCCAGGCCUGGGGCCCCAGAGCCUGACCCACACCACACAGACCCCGGGCCCCAGUUUUUAACGAUGGUUCCAUCAAUACCUGAUCCAGAAUGUUUCCGUGCUACACUUUGUGUCCUGCUGCAGUGUGUUCUGUCUGUCCAUCCAUCUCUGCUCUCUGUACCGGACACUGUGUCUCCUCGGCCAGGAAGGGGUGAUAAGCUCCAGCCCCUAAGCAACCGGACUUGCCUGCCUCGGCCUCACCUGCACUUCUCCCAAAAGGCAGACGACCGGGAGUUAGGCAUGGGGAGCUCCGGAGGGUUACCAGAGAGCUUUCAUCUGAGGGAGAGUUCUCUAGGUUGGAGCGGGCAUCACAGCCGGGGUGGCCUCUGGGUGUCAGAUGCCCUCAGGAGGGUGCCCAGCCUGUGAAGCACUGGCAAGGUAGGGGGCAGAUGGGGCGUGGAGAACCCAGAGGAUCUAGGCCCUGUUGGGGAGGGGAGAGGAGCUCAAGGUUUGGGUGGGGACUCAGCCCCAGAUCUGUGUGGGACAUUUUUCUGUGUCACUGUGGGAGAGCCUUCCCAGAAGUCUCACUGCGUGUCGCUCUGCGUGUGUUCCCAUGUCCAUGCGUGUGUUGAGAGCCCAGCAGGAGGGCAUGCAUGACUCUUUGGCAACAUGUGUUAUCUUGGAGCCACGUGUUUUUAUUGCUGACUUUAAAUAUUUAUCCCACGGCAGACAGAGACAUUUGGUGUCUUUUUAUAAUUCGCUCGUGGUCAUUGAAUAGAGCAAUAAACGGAGCAUUUUGAGCAAAACUAA